AUGUUAAUACGGACAUUAAUAGCCGGGAAUCUGAGAUAAGUCCCCUUUCUUGUUUCAACCAAUUGCCUCUUCGUUAUGUAUCUCUGGCUUGGAUAAACAAUCAAGAACUUUUGCUUAUCCAUUUGUUUAAAGAACAUGUUACACUUCUUGAUUCAUUUCAUACUUGUUUGCUCUUGCUUAUUCUUGAUGCUUUCAGUAAAUAGUCUAGCAGAGUUCUCCCAGUAAUGUUUCCUCCAGUUUUGUCCAGUAAUUUCAUCAGAUCGUGCCAAGUCACCAAAACAAGAUCUAAGGCUACAAUUUUCUGAAACUUUUAAAAGAACAUAUGAGCCGAUCAAGUGAAGCAGCCGCCAUGAAGCGGAAAAGACCAAAUAUGGAUUCACCUACUCAGGGACUAGUAGAUGCUGAGCGUAUAGUGCUGGAUGUUGUCAGAAGUAAAAAGAAUUUGGGUGUCUGGGUGGCAGAGGUGAAAAAAGAGGCAAACCUUGCACCAACUAUUGUGGAUAAAUCCCUGACGUCGCUUGUGAAAAAGAAGUUGAUAAAACAAGUCGUGAAUAUCCAAAAUAAGGGAAGGAAACAUUACAUGGCUGUUGAGUUUGAACCUUCGGAAGAUUUGACUGGUGGUGCGUGGUACUCAGAGGGAAAACUUGAUAAAGAAUUUAUCACUGUUCUUAGAGACACGUGUCUCAAAGUCAUAGAAAUGAUGAAAGUUGCUACUGCAGAGGGAAUCCACGACUUCUUGAAAAAACGUAAAGUUGUUGAGUGCACAAGUCAACAAGUUGCAGAAAUAUUGAACUCUAUGGUUCUGGACAAUGCUAUUAUUGAGGUAAAGAGCACCGGAUUGGGAGAAUAUCAUUCUAUUGCUGUUGGAUCAGUAUGCUAUCGAAGUGCAAGUGGUGCUGCCUUUGGGACUGGUCCGAAAACAAUAGGGCAAAUGGCUUCAAUUCCAUGUGGUGCUUGCCCUAGGAUUAGUCUAUGUACACCAAAUGGAAUUGUAUCCCCACAAACCUGUGUCUACUACACUAAAUGGUUGAACUUUUAAUUUUGAUGGAUUUCUGAUAAAUCGGUCCAAAGUGCACUACACUUUGCUUUCGAGUUUCUCAUUUGUCAUUGAUGAGACCGAUUUCCUGAUCACCCUUUACCAGAGAACCCUUUGGGAAGUUUAGUGAUUAGGUUUAAAUGUGAUGACAACUCCCACAACCUUUUUUACUUACUUUCGACAUAUAUAAAAUUGUUAUAGAUAGC